AUGUUCAAGGGAAGCAGCAGCAGAAUGAGUGGGCACUCAUUUUAUGGGAACCCAAAUGAGCAGGACAUGAGUAACCACCACCCUAAGGGCAGCAAUAGCGUUUUCUGUAGUAACAUCAUUUCGAGGCAAGAAUUUAAUAGGGACUUCCUGAGGAGUAGAAAUGUUUUAGAGGAACAAAAUAUGAACGGAGGUUCGAAUGGCCUUUCCAAGGUGGGGAGUGGAAACAACGGCAUGGUGUAUGUGAAUAGCCAUGGAGAGUUCGUCCAUUUGGAUUAUAGCGGUCAUGCCGCCCAUAGGGGCAUCAAGGGGCAGAUAUACAGCGGGCAUGUAAAUGGGCAUGCAAACGGGCACAUAAAUGGGCACGUAAACGGACACGCAAACGGGCACGCAAACGGCCACGUUGGAGGCCAUUUUAACAGUCAACUUAGCGGCCACCUGAGCAGUCAAGCUAGUGGCCAUUUUAGCAGACCCAGCUUGAGCGGAAGUAACGUCUUUAAGAAGGUCCCCCACAGUCAAGGUGAAUACAUACACGCGGACCUCUUUGGGGACAAAACGAAUAUUCACCAUAGGGCAAGUCUGGGUAACAACUCCCCCAUGAUCAACCCACGUACGAACAACUGCAACGUUAGCGCCAAUGAAAUAAUGAACAAACGUUUAUUUAUAAAUAACCUCAUCCAAAUAAAGGAAAAACUGAACAACAUUAAAAGGGAGAGGAUGGAUUAUGAGAAGGAGGACGAAGCGAAGGAAGUGGAGGAGAGUGCUAACUACAUGGUCCAUUUGAAAAGUUACGAGAAAAUAAAAAAUUCGUAUUCUUUAACGAAUGUAAAUAAAGUGCAGGAGAAAAUUAUGAACAAGAUGAAGGCCCAGGAGGAGAAAAAAAAAAUGUCUUACAAUAACUUUUUUGAGGAUUGCCGGGGGGAUGUGGAAUACCCCAACGGACGCCCCAUCCAUACAUCCCAGCAGAAGCAGCAGCAGCAGCAACAGUAUGCCAAGUUUGAAAAGAGGAAAAGCGUUGAACAGAGGGAUGAAGAGAGCAACUACGUGUUCUACGACUUGAAGCAGUACCUGGGGGAGAACCACCGCCAGAAGAAGGGCUACUUUCCAGUGAAUGCUACUUAUGGGGCGAAGCAGGGGGAAAGACCAAACCAUCGUCCAUGUGAACGGGUCGGUGAUCGGAUAGGAGAACAACUGAAUGAGCCACUCCAGGGUAGGAAGUACGAUAGCCACUUGGACCGAAAGUGUAAUAAUUUGCACGAUGGUCAUUUAGAAAAAUUCUUUAUCAGAAAAGAAGACCAAGAAACGGAGCAACAGCAAAAGCAAAGUAAAUACGAGCAAUUUCAAAAAAUGGAGAGAGGAGUCAGUGGAGCAAAUGACCAUAUGAUGAUGAUGAUGCUGGAACAGGAAAGUUUACAAAACGCUAUGCAAAAACAUCCAGGCGCGUCAAAAUCUUUGUAUACAAACAAUUUGAAGGGCCUUAAGGUGGUUGAUAAUGGUAUGUGUUGUCUAUCCCCAGAGGAAGCCAAUCUGAAGGGGAAGAAAAACAUACCAACGAUGAUGUAUUUAGGGGGGUCUGUUCCUUCUGCAGGAGUAGCCCCUAUUGGGGGUGUCCCAUGUGGCAACGUGUAUGACGUGCCGACUAGCUUAUAUUUGAGCAAGGGACUAAGGGAUGAAGAUAAUUUGAAGAGAAUGCUAAACGCCAGCACGAAGAAGGUUUUAAAUUAUGAGGAGGAUUAUCAGUUACCAUCAUCGGAGAGGCAUGAUUUGUACAGGAGUAAAAAAAACGGAGGAGGUGCAGGUGGUUUGGAAAACGGAGCAGGGACACAAAUUGGAAUAGCAUCUACACCUUUAAGGAAUGAAAAUGAAAGUUACGUGGGGAAAAGUUGCAGCUGCGCCAAUUAUGGGAAGAAGAAAGGGGGAGUUAACGCAGCAGUAGCGGGGGGGAACAAUUCCGGAGAUCACCUCAAGAAGGUGGUAUUGAAAAGCGAAAAGAGUGGAAAGCUGCAUGAACAAGUCAAGGGUAACGGUGACCUGCGUGUGGAAAACCAUAAAGGUGAAAAAAACGCAUGCAGGAAAAACAGUGCUGGAUCUAUGAGCAACAACAUCAACUUGAACGUGUCUGACACGGACAUUAAUGGGAACAAGAACUCGAGCGAGAAGAGGAACUCCUACGAUAACAACAACAAUAACAGCAAUAACAAUAACAACAGUAACAACAAUAAUAAUAAUAACAGUAAUGGAAACAACGUAGACAACACGGUGGCGUACUUCAAGGAGAACUGCCUAAGCAAUGAAAACGUCGUAUACGAUGAGGAGAAGAAAAUUUUCAAAACAAAGGAAAACUGUAAUAUUAAAAUAUAUAGGAGGAGUCUAGAAAAGGAGAAAAUGCUCAACUUUCCUCUCAUCCAUUUGGGUGAAAAUGACGUUAUAGUUAAAAGGAUAAAAUUAUACUACCCCCUGAGGAAUGAAAAUAUAUUUACAAAUAUUUCAAAAAUUAUUUUCAUGACAAGUACGAAUAUCUGCUCAUUGUAUCUUAGUGAUUCGUAUCUCAUUCAUUAUGAUGACGUGAAAAUUCAAUCCUACCUUUCGAAGGGAGGCUUUGGAGUUGUUUACAAGGGCGUCCUUCUGAGGAAAGUAAAGAAGUGCGAGAUGCUGUAUGGCGCCAGUGGGAAGCACAGCAAGGCGCUACCAAACCAGGAUGGCUUAAAGGGGCUAGGCGGAGUUAGCGGCCUUAACGGGGUUAGUGGUGAAGCUGCAGGGAAAACAGAAAGGAGAAGAAGUACACAUAGGCAGUUGAACGGGGAGGAUAAUGAUGAAUAUGAUCAGGAUAACGAUGAGGAUGAGGAGGAAUACGGACAGGAGCAACAAUUGCAGGAGCAACAACUGCAGGAACAUCAAGUGGAGGAACAACAGCUGGAAGAGCAGCGAAAUGUGCUUCCCCCGGGGGCAGAGGACAACCACGUGGAUGGACUAAAUCAAGACGGUUCCAGCAACUACGCAGAUAAUAGCAAUAUACACGAUGGUGCAGAAUCGAAGGGUAAUUCUGGCCAUGGCAGUGGGCGAAAUGGAAGCAGCACCCCCAAGGGAAGUUGCCCAAACAAGCAGUUCCCUAUGAAGAAGAAGAAAAGCCACAACAGCGAUAGUAGCAAGCUUAGCAGAAGCACCAAAAAGUUGUGCAACCUGCGAAACCAGUUGAUUGAGAAAAUAUUCGACAGGUUCAACAAUCCGGUAGAUCCCAACGGUGGUAGCAAUGGCAUGAAUGGUGAGCACCCCGUCGAGGGUGCAGAUAGAGAACAGUUGGGCGAGGAACAACCGGAGGAGGAAGAGGACGACGAAGUGGAGGAAGAAAAAAACAAUUGUGCCAUUGAAAAUAUUCUAAAAAGUUGGGAUGAUAAGGAGAAUGAAGAGAGGAAAAAGAAAGCGAGCAACCAUGAGGAUUAUAACGUGAAUAAGGAAACUGAGGGAUUGUUCCUGAGGAAGGACCAAAAAUCGGGCAGUGGCAAUGUGCCCCAAGGGGAAGGUGCGGAAGAUGCUGAACUCGGAGCAGGUGUGGAGGACGCGGCCGAAAAGGUGGACCUGAAAAAGGGAGCCAAUUGUAUACACGUACAGGAAAUAAGAAAGUUAAAAAAAAAAAUGCUUAACUUUAUUUAUUCCAAAAAGAUGAGUGAUAAGAUAAUAAUUGACAGAGAUGAAUUUUUUAUCGAAGCAAAGAGAAUUUUUUAUAAAUUAAAAAUGAUGAAUAAUACGGAGUUGGAGAAAAAAUACCAUGAAGAAAUAAUUGCCUACUUGUUGCUAGACGUUUAUCAUAAUAACGUGGCCUACAAGAAUAGCCUCUCCUUCCUCUACGUUAAAGGAAAAAAUAUAAUAACCUACGGAAUGAAUAAGGAAAGCCUAUACAUAUUUGACAAUAAGAAUAUUUUCCACUACUACAGUGAUAAGUGCAUAUUUAAAAUUGUCUUUAUCGAUGAGCAUAAGGAACUGAAGAAGUACCAAAGCCUGACCGUCUUCAAUGUGCUAAACAAUGAAAGGAUGAUGAAGAGCUCUUCCCUCCUCAAACACGAAAUUAAUAAGCAUAAAAAUGGACUGAAUAAAUUGGCCAUCAUUCCUUUUAGUAAGAUGAAUAUGAGUCAUCUUCUGAAUGCGUUAAUUUUUGGCUUUUUGAAAUUCCUUUUCAAUUUGAGGAAGAAGUAUCACAAGCAGCCGAAUAAUUGCUCGUGCGCUCCGCAAGGGGAGGACCUGCAGGGAAACACCAACGGAAACUGUUUGAACAAAAUGGUCGAGACGGAACAAGGGAACCAGACGAACAGCCAAAAUAAUAACGCCUUCUUCUCCAACCUGAACUAUACCAACUCGGAUGCGUGUGGUGAAGGCGCUUUCAAUUUUAAUAAGGAAGAUAGAGACGCCAUGAUCCUGCAGGAGAAAAUUAACAUGCUCGAUGAGUUCCUCUGCUGCAAUUAUGAGGAAGUCAGCGCGGAUUGUGCGGGAGGGAAAAGCAAAAUGAUGAAUGGUGGCACUGGGAACAAUGAGAGGAGUGACGAGACGGAAAAUAACAACGGAGCUGGCAGUGGGGGAACCGCCCAUGGUAGUAGCGGACGCAGCAACAACGUACAGAGGGACGAGGCAGACAAAAUGGGAAGCACAAACAAGGCCAACAUGCACCUGAGCAAUAACGGUGCGGGAAGCAGCACCGUGCUGAACACCAACAAUACGGAUGAAUCUAAAACGACCAUGUUGAUGAAUGUGUCUAGGAAUAAAAACGCUUUUAAGGAGUAUGGCAAUGAGAGGGAGUACAACUACGGCCCGAAGGUGAGCAACCUGGAAAAGGCGCAGCAGAGGCAUCUGGAGGAUGUAUGCGCUGAAAAUAGCGAUAAGCAGGAGGACGUGGAGGAAGGAAAAGAAGGAGAAAGUGACGAUGAAGAAAGAGCUUUUCAUUCCCUGUCUCGUGCGGGAAGGAAAGAAAAAUGUACAGGGGAGAAGGGAUUACCUGAGGAGAAAAAUGCAGCAACCAUAAGGGCGACGAAAGGUUCAAGAGUUAGAGUAGAUGAUAAAGGGGUUAAAAACGCCAAGGUGACAUCCUUAUACGUGGAAGGGAAAAACCUGAUGAAAAUGAAAACCGGGUCAGAUGGAAAAGGCGUGAAAAAUAUGACUAAUAUGACAAAUGUAACUGGCGACGUGAAGGAAGAAGCGCCUGAGGGGAGAAAUACAACGAACGAAUCAGCAAAAGGAGGAGAGGAAGAAACGUGCGAAGAGAGCGAAGAAGUGGUACAGGUAAAAACCCCAGUUGCUAUAAAAAUACACGAUCUGAAAGACAGCAAAAAUUUAAAAAACUUUUUAAGAGAAAUAGAAAUAUAUAAAAAUAUUCAACGCCCAAAUAUUUGUACCUUCUAUGGAAUAUGCAUCAGAUCGAAUAAGUUGAUGUUACUGUUGGAGUAUUACCCUAAGGGUAAUUUAUUUAAUUUUUUAAAAAAUAAAAAUAAAAUUCACAAAAAGCAGAGACUGGCAUGGGCAUCCGAAAUGUGUUCUAUUGUUCAUGGUUUUCAUACACAUAACCCGCCCGUUAUAAAUGGAGAUAUAAAAACAUCCAACGUGUUGAUAGACAAUAAUAUGCACUUAGUUAUGUGCGAUUUUGGAAAAGCUCGUUUUAAGAAUUCAAAGCUUUACAGCAAUUUUGGCUCCUAUAGAUAUAUGGCCCCUGAGACCUUUAGCUGUACAUCUGAAGUGACAGAGAAGAUUGAUAUAUGGAGUUUGGCGUGCUGCAUCGUUGAAAUAUUUUCGAGCAAAUAUCCAUACCAUAAUUUAUCGAAGAAUGUAAAAAUACGACAUGAGUUGCUCGUCAAUAAGAAGACCCCCCAUAUUCCAAACUUUCUACCCAACUCGAUGAAGAAGUGCCUGCAGAGGUGCUUCAGCUUCACUCCCGAGGAGAGACCCUGUGCAUAUGAGAUGUACAAGUGCUUGAAGAAAAUCAAGGUCGUCGAGUGA